AUGACAUCAACAGCAAAUAAUAAUACAUCAUUUUAUUGUAAUAAUAAUAACAGUAAUAACAAUAUAAACAUUAAUUGUUGUAGUAAUACAGGUCACAAUGGAAACAAUACCACAGAAACAACAUUGACAACAGUAAAUGAAGAGAGAUGUGCACCAACACCAACACCAACAUCAACACCACCACAUGGAUCAGCUUUAAAUAUUCAAAAUUCAAAUAAUGGUUGUAAUAAUAUUAUUGGUAGUAGUUCAAAUACAUUAUCAACACCAUCAGUUCAAGCAACACCACCAACGCCACCACCUUCAUCCUCAUCACUACUAGUACAACCAAUGAUAGUAACUCCAUCACCUGUAGUGGCAACAACAUCAUCAUUAAUUACUAAUGAUGAUAAUUUAAAUUCAUCAACAAACUAUUUAAUGUUACCACAUCAAGCACAAUCUUCAGCAAUGACAAUUGUACAACCACCACCACCAUCAACACCACUAUCAUCAUCAUCAACUGUAGUACCAGCAUCAACUCCACCACCAAGUGUAAUGACACCAAUAACAACUAUUCAAACAACAGCUACACCACCAUCAUUACAACCAACGAUACAUCAUCAAACUGCUCUUUCAUUCUUAGGCUACACUUAUAAUGAACAAUAUCAACAAAAUAUCUGUCAAUUAUAUCAUCAAUUAAAUGCUAAUGGCAAUGGCAAUGGUAAUGGUAAUGGCAAUCAUAAUAAUAAUAAUAAUAAUUAUAAUUACAAUAAUAACUCUUUCUAUCAACAUCAACAGCAUCAACAUGGUCUCUAUUAUAAUCAAUUCCCAAUACCAAUGAAUUCUUCUGUACCAAUCAUUCCCACACAACAAUACAUUGGAACUAAGCAACCUCAAUCUCAAUCUCAAUCUCAACAACUUCAACCUCAACCUCAACCUCAACCUCAACUUCAACCUCAACUUCAAUCUCAACCUCAAUCUCAACAACUAAAAAGAAAAGAAGCUUCAUAUCAUAAUAAUAAUAAUAAUAAUAAUAAUAAUAAUAAUAAUAAUAACAAUAAUAAUAAUAAUAAUAAUAAUCCUUAUAAUAGACCAACUAAAAAAAUAAUGGUUUCCCAAGGAUUACCUCCAAUUUCUUCUUCCCCAUCAUUUCAAAAUCUAAAUAAUAAAUAUUUUGAUUUCAACCAACCAAUUACAAGAAAUAAUUACAACCAAGUUAAUUAUAAUAAUAAUAAUAACAACAAUAACAAUAAUAAUAAUAAUUAUAAUAAUAUUAGCAAUAAUAAUCCUUGUAAUAAUAAUAAUAAUAAUAAACCUAAUAAUAAUCCUAAUAAUAAUAAUAGUAAUAGUAAUAAAACCUAUAUUAAUAAACAACAUAGAGACUAUGGUUAUGAAAACAAUAAUAACAAUAAUAAUAAAACAUUCCAACAAACCUCACAACAACAACAACAACAACAACAACAAAUAUAUAAAAAACAAAAUUGUAAUAAUUAUAUUGAUGAAUCUGGUGAUGAUGAAAGUGGGGAAGAAUAUCAAAAUUAUCAACCAUACCAACAAUAUCAAAACUUUAAACAAAAUAAUAAAGACAAUAAUAAUAAUGAUGAUGAUGAUGAUGAUGAUGAUGAUGAAGAAGAGGAGGAGGAAGAAGAAGAUGAUAAUGAUAAUUGUAAUGGAAAUGAUAGUUAUGAUGAAGAAAAUAAUAAUAAUAACAAUAAUAAUAAUAAUAAUAAUCAAUUUAAAAAUGAAUCAAUAAUAAUUGGUGAUAAUUAUUAUGAAAUUAUAAAUGAUAGAAUUAAAUCAAUUAAACAAAAAUUACAUUUUUUAGAAAAGAAUUCAAAAUUUCAAUGGAUUAGAGAGAAAUCAUUCAAUUUUAUUAAUGAAUUCACAGGUGAAUCAGUUGUUAAUGAAGAGUUGGGUAUUCGUGGUUCAAAAGAUUUCUCAUAUUUAAAGUAUAAAACUUUGAAUCCAUCAUUGGAUAAUUAUAUAACUCAAGAGAGAAUAGAAUUAAAGAAUCCAUUAAUUAAAGCAAAUAUUGAAAAGUUGAAAAAGGAUUUCAAUUUUGAGAUUACUAAAAUCAAUACAACCAAAUCUGAAUCAUUGGAAAUCAUGAAAUCCAUUCAACAAUUAUCUACCACCGUUAGAUCACCAUUGUUGGAUCGAUCGGAUUUGAAGGCCCAAAGAAAUCAUAUUCAUGGUUUUUUCACAUUGAUAAUCGCUCAUCAGAAAUGUUUAUCAUUUGAUUUCAUCUAUCAGAUGAGACCACAAUCAAUGGAUCACCAACAUGGUUUCUCAAAUACUUUCACUGACGACUUUACAAAUGGUGGUGGCUGUAGUAUUAGUGAUAAAAAGAAUCGUAGAACUUUAAAUGAUCAAUAUAAAUCAUUCAUCUCUGACUACUUUAAAAAUCAUUCAGAUCAUCCUUAUCCAAAUGAGGAUGAAAAAAUAAUCAUCUCUGCUUUAAUUGAUCUUUCAAAAUAUCAACGUAAUAAUUGGUUUAGUAAUAAAAGAAGUAGAGAAAAGAAUCAAAGAAUUGUUAAUUUGAAAAAACAAAUAGGUUUUCAUUAA